CAACUAAAGUUCAGGAGAGCUCACUCAGUCAAACCUGCAGCUCGGUCUGACACUUGUAUCCAAAGGAAAAAAAAUUCAAUCUAACGCCAUUUAAUUCAUCUUGUCCAAGUUUGGCCUAACCUAAUAGUUGGAUUCAACCUGCCGAAAAAGAUCAAAAUUUCAUACCUCAACUUAACUUCCCAUAUAUGUCCAAGUUCAACUCAACAGUACUCAUCUACGCUGAACAAAACAAACCGAACUCAACUCCACGACGCUUAAUUAAUAAGGCGUAAUUAAAAUGAAUCAAAAUUAGGACAACCUGAGUCAAAAUCAAGACAAACUGACCGAACUUACAACACAAAAGAGAGGAUGUGUGGCCGAGCAGCGAUGGUGAUGAUGGUGAUGGUGAUGAUGAUGGUGCAAGUGAGGGCAGGCAGCGUCUACCAGUCUUCCCUCGAGGGCUACUCCACCAGCCUAACCAUCAGCGAGGUUAUGAGGGACGUCAGUGAGUGUCAGUGCAAGAUGGCGUGCGCCGUACAGCCCUCGUGCCCAGCAGCCACGUACACACGUGUUCAUCAGACUUGCGCUCUGUACGUAGACGAGGGACUGGAGUGGACGGUAGAGGCGGACAUAGGUGCAAUGGACCUGGUGACUUACUUCAAGGAAGUUUUCGAGUAUCCAACCACAACGACCUCUCCCGCAACAAACACUGCACCAACAGCAACCACCACACCCACAACGACCACAAUACCGACUACAACCACAACGCCCACCACAACCACAACGCCCACCACAACCACCACGCUCACCACAACCACUGCACCCACGCCCGCGGUGUUCGUCUCAACGGCCACCACCAAAAACGGGUCUCUGAGCAACCAGGCGAAUGUGUGCACCGCUGAGGGCGGCCAACCCAUGGUCAUCAAAACGGCGGCCGACCGUUCCCUGGCGGUCAACCUUACUGCAGGUACUAGGCGCUGUUACUAG